GUGAUACAUAGCGACAAAGUGUUAAUAUUGAAUUUUGAUUUUUGAGAAUUACCAGCGCAAAAGCGGCCAUUUGUGAAAGUCAGAGUUUAUAUACAGUUCAUCACCGGAGUUCACAGAAGGGGUUGCGAUCAUUGUGUUACAGUGGUCUUACUGACAAUAACGUAGUGACUGUAAUGCAUUGCAUUCAAUCCGCAAGGUAUCAAGGUUAGGACUCUUUGGUUGCCAAUAUUUGUGCCUUUCUUCUGCCUGGAAAUGAAAACAACUGCACACAGCAACAGCUGGCUGGCAAUAUUGAUGUGACAUUGAAAACGAGACGCUUUCAGUUGGAAAAGUUGAUUAAGCUAAACACUGCCAGUAAAUACAUAUUGGAAAUCUGAGACAGCGUUGUUCGAUUAGAGCAUUGGUAAAAUGACUACAGCAGAAUUGCAGGGUAAAACGUCUGAAUGUGGAUUAAAAGUGUAGAAAUAGUUAAGGUUCAUGUUAUUUGGGCAACUUUUCUUCCUUAUGAAGUGUUGAUGUGUAAUGCAUGGAGCAAUUUAGAAUGGUUAGGUUUCACAUUUCAAAAAUUAAGUCAUGACACCAGUUCAGUUUGACAAGCAUUUGAAAUGGAUUUAUACCUGGUUAGCAAGAGUUAUCAGUGUUUGUCAGAUAGGAAUGAAACACUAGGGAGAACCUCGUCUUGUGAAAUUAUCAAAUAGAUAAUUGACCACUUACUGACCCGAAUUACUGUUUAAAAAUCGAAAAUUCUUUCCGAUUCAUUACUUGACUUUAAAUAAACGCUUUAUGUGUAGUGUAGUGAUAAUAAAUCUGAUAUUGAAUUUUGAAUGUGCUGGCUUUGUACACAAUAAGCAUUUACCAGAGAUUUAACUUUGAAAAAGAGGAUUAAUUGUUUGUAAGUGCUUUAUAUCUAUUGGCUGUAUUAUUAAAGUUUAGGGGAAAGAAAGACAAAGUAUUUGUUUAGCUGAACAUGGAAUUUAUUGAAAAGGUAUGGUGGUGCCAAAAAUAGUGUUACCUUACAGUGUUGUUCCUUGGAAAGAUGGAAUUAAAUAACACAGGGGAAAAACCUGUUAUUAAAGUUCUUUAAGGUUGGUGUUUGUUAAAAACAAAUCAUCAUGGGAAAUAUUUUGAGAAGGUUUGAGGAGGAGGAUAAAGACUCCGCGUGGCAGGAGCAAAACAAGGAGAUGGAGAGGAACCCUCUGUAUAAGUUUGCCGACCUCUCCAGGGGAGGUAAGCUCAUCAACGCGUACAGGAAAGGCGGUGUGGUUGCUGUACAAGAGAUUGCCCGCAAAGAAAUAGCGCCGUACUUGUACAAUGGGGGUAAAGGAGCCCAUGUGACCAAACUGGAAUACAUCAAGUGGUAUCGGUCUAAAGAAGCUUCUAAAACGGGCUCCACAGUGUGGGAGACGAAGUCAGACACAGAGCUACUGGCUGAGUGGGAGGAGCAGACAAAAGACAAGCUGAACAAGGUGGUGGCCCACGAGAUGUGUUGGGACCUCAUGAAGAGGGGCGGGGUGGGCGAGACCCCACUGCACAUGCUCUACCUGAUGGACAGCGCUGAGCACACUGAGACCGCUAAGAUACUCCUUAACAUGUACCCCAAGCUGGCCUUGGACAUCUAUGAAGCUGACGAGUAUUUCGGUGAGAGUUGUCUCCACAUUGCGACCGUGUACGGUGACUUUGAGUCCGUGAAGCUCCUUGUGUCUAACGGGGCCUACAUCAACCAGAGGGCCACGGGACGCUUCUUUCUUCCAGAGGACCAGAAGUUGGGCCUUACUAAGGAAACCAACUAUCAAGGCUAUGCAUAUUACGGAGAAUACCCGCUGGCGUUUGCGGUGUGUUUUGGCUAUAUGGACAUUUAUGACUACCUCAUUGACAACGGCGCAGACCCCAAUCUACAGGACUCGUUUGGAAACACCGCGCUCCACAUGGCCGUCAUCUCGGACCAGGCGGAGAUGUACAAGUACAUGGUGAAGCAUCACAAGAAGUGCGCCGACCGGGGGAUCCGUAACCAUGCCAACCUAACGCCACUCACCCUUGCCAGUAAACUAGGUCGCCACAAGCUCUUCAAGGACAUUCUAGAAAUACACUGUAUUGACAUGUGGCGGUACAGUAAUGUGGCGUGCUCUAUGUACCCCUUGACUGAAAUUGACUCCAUCAAGCCCAAUGGAGAGCCAAACUUCAACUCUGCGCUGAUGAUCGUGAUCAACGGGGAGGAGGAUGAACACCUGGAGAUGUUGGAGGGCGGAGUCAUGAGGCAGCUCCUCGAUGAGAAGUGGAAGACAUUUGCAAGGAAACGUUUUAUCCAUCGCCUGGUCCUGGCCUUUAUCCACCUGGCUAUGAUAAGCACAGCCGUGUACCUUCGACCUCCAGAAAACCUCAACACAUUUAGGUCCUAUGAGGAUGGGAUCCGGUUUACAGCGGAGAUUGUUGUGUGCCUCUUCUGUAUAGGAUACCUGAUCCUAGAUAUCAUAGAAAUAGGGGCCCAAGGCCCCUUGGCCUUCAUAAAAAACUGUGGCCACGCCCCUGCCCAGACGGUGUUCAUGAUCUCAUGCCUGUUGAUAUUGCUGUGUAUCCCGUUCCGGUUCUCCGGUCACAACCAGGUUGAAGACGUUCUUCUCAUCAUGGCUGUCCCAGGCUCCUGGUUCUUUCUGCUCUUCUUCGCAAGGAGUGUGAAACUAACAGGCCCAUUUGUCACCAUGAUAUUUCGCAUGUGCAAGGGAGAUCUGCUAAGAUUCGGCAUCAUCUAUCUCAUAUUCCUCAUUGGAUUUACUCAAGGUUUUUAUUGCUUGUUUCGGGACAUAAAUCAAGAAAGUUUCAAAGAUCUACCGUCCACCAUUAUGACUCUCUUCCAAAUGACCUUGGGCGAGUUCAAGCUAGGCAGGGCCAGUAGUAGUCAGUACCAUGAUUUUGACCUAACACGGUACGCCCCGCUGACGAAGAUCGUGUUUGCAGUGUUCAUGAUUCUUGUUCCCAUCUUGCUGCUGAACAUGUUGAUUGCCAUGAUGGGAAACACAUACCAGUCUGUGAUAGUCAAGUCAGAGAAGGAGUGGAGGAAACAGUGGGCCAAAAUUGUGGUGGUUCUGGAGCGUGGGUUCACGCGUGAGCAGCUGCGCCGCUACCACCAGGAUUACUCCAUCAAGCUGUCUGCACCGCGCAAGGACGGCAAGGGAACAGAAGAGAUUCGCGCCCUGGUAGUCAUCAAGACUUCACCCAGGAGCAAGGCCAGGCAGCGCAAGAUUGCUGUCGGACAUUGGAAGAAACUUGGACAUGAAAUCAUCCUCCAACUGAAGGAGCAGAAGAAUAAAGGCAAAUCUGGGCCACUGAAACUGCGCAAGGUUGCUAGGAGACCACGUAAGGACGGGGACGGGUCUGAAACAGAUGACGAUCAGAAAUUUACAAACAUCACCGCCCAGUUGGCAUGGGAAAAAGACAUAGACCUUGCAAAGGGUCAGGCAUUUAUUAAGGAUCCUGAUCUAAUAGAGAAUCGCAAUAUGAAGAUGUCGGGAGUGGGUAACACUAUGGGCAAUGGUGUACAUGACAAUUCUUCCUUACCAAAUGGCAAUGCAACAAGAACUAUAAAGAAAUAUGUUAAAAAGCCUAAUGGGACUCCAAAAAGUAGUCCGAAAUCACAAAAACAGUUUACAAUAAAUCGUGUAACACCUCUUCCUAUUUAUGAUAACAGUGCUCUUGAAGGUGAAGACAUAAAUCUGGAAGGGGGUGGAAAUGAUGCUCGUAGUAAACAGCAAUCACAAAUGAGUCGAUCAGUACACUCAGAUUUGUACGGCUCUGUGUCAAUUACAAGAAAAAGUGUUGAUUGGGAAAUAGAGCCCAUAGCUGUGAAGAGUAAUGAUCAAUACGUGACAAGUGUUUCACAGAUAAGGCCAGUCAGUGAUAAAAGCAAACAGAUAGAGGUAACGGUUAGUGUUGAACACUCUCCUCAGAGGGAAAACAGUGCAGAAUCAAAUGCUAAAUAUGACCAGUGGGUGGAUGAACUGAUUCAGGGCAGUAGACACACCACCCCACACCCGUCUCCAAGUAAAGGAGACAGUGAAAGUGUGUCAUCACCUACAAAGCAUCGCCAUAGGAGCAAAAAGCAUAGAAAAGACAGGAAAGAAAGAAAAGAGGAGAAAGGAAGUGAAAUGAAGUCUAGUGAAGACAAAAGCAGAAGCAGAAGUAGAAGUAAGGAUAAAAAGGACAAGAGGAAAAGGGAGAGUAAAACCCCAACAUCCGACGAAGUGCUGCUUGCUGAUUCAGAUGUAAAUGAGAGUGUCUUGUGAGACAGUGUGAUAUGUAGCCUGGGACAGUUUCUUGUGAGAAAGUGUGAUAUGUAGCCUGGGAGGUUUCUUGAAAGAAAGUGUGAUAUGUAGCUUGGGACAGCAUCUUGUGAGAAAGUGUGAUAUUUAGCCUGGGACAGUGUCUUUUGAGACAGUGUGAUAUUUAGCCUGGUAAAGUGUCUUAAGGGACAGUGUGAUAAGUAGCCUUGGUUGGUGUCUUAAGGGACAGACUGAUAUGUAGCCGGGGACAAUGUCUUAAGGGACAAUUUGAUAUGUAGCCUGGGACAAUGUCUUAAGGGACAGUGUGAUAUGUAGCCUGGGACAGCGUCUUAAGGGACAGUGUGAUAUGUAGCCUGGGACAAUAGGCUUAUCAAUAUCAGUUGUCCGGGCAUUCUUUUAUCCACUAUUUUGCAAAAAUGCCUUUUUCCCUUGAUAUUGGGACUCUGGGCUUUAAUGCACAAAGCAUUCAGAAAAAAAUAUGAUAAGUUAAGGAAUUCAUUUAAAGAUGGAUGUGACUGCUUCACUUGUCUCUAUAUAUGCGCUGAACAGUUUUUGUUUCUAAACAAAAGUUAAUCAAUCAAAUAGACGAGAUUUUUUUAAUCUUGCAAAAUAAUGUCAAUUUUGAGGAUGUUAUCCUUACUAGCGUGAAGCAUGACUUUCUCUGCAUAUUGAUAGAAUGUUAACAUAAGAUAUUCUUUCAAGAAGUCAAAAUAACUAUAUGAGCCGCAGACUGGGCUUAAUGCAUGUGCAGACUGGGAAAACUGGGCUUAAUGCAUGUGCAUUACUGGGAAAACUGGGCUUAAUGCAUGUGCAGACUGGGAAAACUGGGCUUAAUGCAUGUGCAGACUGGGAAAACUGGGCUUAAUGCAUGUGCAUUUAGAGUUGUCCAAGUUAAGCAUGUGCAGUCCGCACAUAGCAGGGCCCACACUUUCCACAGUCCGCACAUAGCAGGGCCCACACUUUAGUCCGCAUAUAGCAGGGCCCACACUUUCCACAGUCCGCACAUAGCAGGGCCCACACUUUCCACAGUCUCACAUAGCAGGGCCCACACUUUCCACAGUCCGCACAUAGCAGGGCCCACACUUUCCACCUAGCACAUAGCAGGGCCCACACUUUCCACAGUCCGCACAUAGCAGGGCCCACACUUUCCACCUAGACUGGAAUUCUAUUUGAAGUUACUUUCCAUACAAAAUAAUUCCAUAAAAGGGGCCACUUAUUCAGCCUGGUUUUCAAAGUGUGUUGUUCAUAUGUUUGUUAUCAGUAGAUUAACAUACUGUAUACUAGCUUCAGGUGUACUCUGCUUUGUUAAGUGUUGUUUAGUUGUUGAAUUUUCAGGUUAUUUAUUGAAUAAUUUAAAACAAUCAAGCUUAAUGUUAGUGUGAUGGAAUGAAAUGGCUUAAGGAUAAAUGAGCUUUUUAGUUGGUGAACGGCUUGCAAUUACACAGCAAGUUUGUGAUUUCUCAUAAAAAUAUAUUUUCCCUUACCCUGAACAUUCAAUUUCAGCCUCCCUGUAGGGAAAACAGGGCAUUAUCCACGUGCAUCAAGUGUUGUCCUAGAAAGGGCAUUAUCCAUGUGCAUCAAGUGUUGUCCUAGAAAGGGCAUUAUCCAUGUGCAUUAAGUGUUGUCCUAGAAAGGGCAUUAUCCAUGUGCAUCAAGUGUUGUCCUAGAUUAGACUGUGCACUCUGCAAGGAUGACACUUUCCACCUUAACUGGAUACCAUAACAGCAGAAAGUGUAGUCCCUGAUUAGCGUUUGUGGACUACACAUUUUAAUCUGGGACAACACUUUAUGCAUUAAGCCCUGUUUUCCUAGAGUGCGGCUCAAGUGUAUUAGGUGUCUGAAUCUUUUUACAGUAAAACACAAUUGAUGAUCAUAAAGCUGUACUUACAGACAUGCUUUUAUACAACUGAGUGAAUUCUGUAUCCUGGAAAUGAAAUGAGACAAAAUAAAGAUGUUAUAUUGCUCGGAACCCUGUGAUAUCCAAUGUGGUAUUUGAUGCAAUUGUUAACCCUUUCCCACUCAGAAGCAAAGUGAAAAUGGCUUUGUGCAAACGGCAUAAAACCAGAACAGCCUGCGAGUAACUUGCAGUCUGUUCAGGUUUUAUGCUGUUUGCUGCUCACCAGUAUCUAAGGGUUAGAAAUGAAGCCUUUAAAACUUGAAUCUAGUUAGAAAGGUCUUUAGUAAUAAUUAUUAAAUUUAACUUUUCAAGGGACUACAAAUGCAUCAAAAUGCGUCUCUAUGUUCUUAAGGUUUAACUUUAUGGUUAGUUAUUUUAGCUCACCUGAUUGCUCAGGUGAGCUUUUGUGACCGGUCUUUGUCCGUUGUCUGUCCGUCCAUCCGUCCACAUUUGUUCGUAAACACUCUAGAGGCCACAUUUAUUGUCCAUCUUAAUGAAACUUGGUCAGAAGCUUUGUCCCGAUGAAAUCUUGGUCGAGUUCGAAACUGGGUUGUGCCGGGUCAAAAACUAGGUCAGUAGGUCAAAAAAAGAAAAAACAUGUAAACACUGUAGAAGUCACAUUUUAUGCCCAAUCUUUAUGUAACUUUGUCAAAAUGUUUGUCUUAAUGAUAUGUUGGUUAAGUUCAAAAGUGGUUCCGGUCCGUUGAAAAACAUGGCCGCCAGUGGGCGGGGCAGUUUUCCUUAUUUGGCUAUAGAGAAACCUUGUAAACACUCUAGAAGUCACAAUUUUUGCCUAAUCAUCAUGAAAGUUGGUCAAAACAUUGGUUGUAUUUAUAUCUCAGACAAGUUUGAAAAUGGUCCAGGUCGGUGAAAAAAUAUGGCCGCCAGUGGGCGGGGCAUUUUUUUCUAUAUGUAUAUAGUGAAAACAUGUGAACACUCUAGAAGUCACAUUUUUGGCCCAAUUUUCAUGAAAUUUGGUCAGAACAUUUGUUUCCUUGAUUUGAGAGUGGAGUUCGAAAAUGGUUCCGGUCAGUUGAAUAACAUGGCUCCAAGGGGGGGGAGCAGUUUUCCUUAUUUGGCUAUAGAGAAACCUUGUAAACACUCUAGAAGUCACGAUUUUUGCUCAAUCAUCAUGAAAGUUGGUCAAAACAUUGGUGUAUUGAUAUUUUAGACAAGUUCGAAAAUGGUCCAGGUCGGUGAAAAAAUAUGGCCGCCAGUAGGCGGGGCAUUUUUCUCUAUAUGUAUAUAGUGAAAACAUGUGAACACUCUAGAAGUCACAUUUUUGGCCCAAUUUUCAUGAAAUUUGGUCAGAACAUUUGUUUCUUUGAUAUGAGAGUUGAGUUUGAAAAUGGUUCCGGUCAGUUGAAUAACAUGGCUGCCGGGGGGGGGCAGUUUUCUUAUAUUUAUAUAGUAAAAAAAGCUUGUGAACACUCUAGAAGUCACAUUUUUUGCCCAAUCAUCAUGAAACCUGGUGAAAUGAUUGGAUUUAUAUAUAUCACAUAAUUAAUGCCAUAAUUAUUGACCUUAGAUUGUCCAUAUUUUCAUUAUUUUAUACAAAAUCCUUGUAAAUACUCUAGAGGUCACAAUUUUUUUUCAGAUUUUAUGAAUCUGGGUCAUAAUAUUUAUUUUUGUAAGCAAAGUUUGAUGUUGGGUAAGGGGGGGUCAAGUCAAAAUAUAGGUCACCCGGUCAAAACUUACAAAAACAAAAACACUCCAUAUGCCAGAGUUUUGGUUCAAUAAUGAUGAAACUUGACUAGGAUGUUUGUCUGGACAAUAACUUGGUCAAGUUUGAUGUUUGGUAAAGAUUGAAUGAGCGGACUCCUCUCAGGUGAGCGAACUAGGGCCAUCUUGGCCCUCUUGUUUUAUGUUGGCCUCAUUCUGAGAAAACUGGGCUAAAUGCAUGCAUUUAAAGUGAAAUUCCAGAUAGGCCAUGGACGACACUUUACAAUGUUAUGGAAUUGUUUGUUUGAAGAAAGUCUCCUCUAAAUGAAAUUCCAGUUCAGGCGGAAAGUGUUGUCCCAGACUAGCCUGGGCCUAUUUAAGAUGACACUUUAUACACAUGCAUUGGGCCUAUCUAAGAUGACACUUUAUACACAUGCAUUAAGCCCAGUUUAGCCUGGGCCUAUCUAAGAUGACACUUUAUACACAUGCAUUAAGCCCAGUUUAGCCUGGGCCUAUCUAAGAUGACACUUUAUACACAUGCAUUAAGCCCAGUUUAGCCUGGGCCUAUCUAAGAUGACACUUUAUACACAUGCAUUAAGCCCAGUUUAGCCUGGGCCUAUCUAAGAUGACACUUUAUACACAUGCAUUAAGCCCAGUUUAGCCUGGGCCUAUCUAAGAUGACACUUUAUACACAUGCAUUAAGCCCAGUUUAGCCUGGGCCUAUCUAAGAUGACACUUUGUACACAUGCAUUAAGCCCAGUUUAGCCUGGGCCUAUCUAAGAUGACACUUUAUACACAUGCAUUAAGCCCAGUUUAGCCUGGGCCUAUCUAAGAUGACACUUUAUACACAUGCAUUAAGCCCAGUUUAGCCUGGGCCUAUCUAAGAUGACACUUUAUACACAUGCAUUGGGCCUAUCUAAGAUGACACUUUAUACACAUGCAUUAAGCCCAGUUUUCCCAUGACACUUUAUACACAUGCAUUAAGCCCAGUUUUCCCAUGACACUUAAUACACAUGCAUUAAGCCCAGUUUUCCCAUGACACUUUAAACACAUGCAUUAAGCCUGGGCCUAUCUAAGAUGACAAUUUAUACACAUGCAUUAAGCCUGGGCCUAUCUAAGAUGACACUUUAUACACAUGCAUUAAGCCUGGGCCUAUCUAAGAUGACACUUUAUACACAUGCAUUAAGCCUUGGCCUAUCUAAGAUGACACUUUAUACACAUGCAAUAAGCCUUGUCCUAUCUAAGAUGACACUUUAUACACAUGCAUUAAGCCCAGUUUUCCCAUGACACUUUAUACACAUGCAUUAAGCCCAGUUUUCCCAUGGCACUUUAUACACAUGCAUUAAGCCCAGUUUUCCCAUGACACUUUAUACACAUGCAUUAAGCCCAGUUUUCUCAUGACACUUUAUACACAUGCAUUAAGCCCAGUUUUCCCAUGACACUUUAUACACAUGCAUUAAGCCCAGUUUUCCCAUGACACUUUAUACACAUGCAUUAAGCCCUGUUUUCCCAUGACACUAUACACAUGCAUUAAGCCCUGUUUUCCCAUGACACUAUACACAUGCAUUAAGCCCAGUUUUCCCAUGACACUUUAUACACAUGCAUUAAGCCCAGUUUUCCCUCAAUGAGGAUCAUUUAUAUCAGUCAGUCAGAAACGUUCAGUUUACUUCAAUGUAGUUUGAAUUUCCUUUAUGCCAAAAAUUACAGAUAAUUAAUGCUUCUAUGUGAUUAUGUUAUAUGCAAUUUCUGCAACUUUUUGUCUUGAGAUAAAGUUUGUACCGCAAACAUUAUCAUUACCAGCAUGUUCUAAAUGUUUUCCCCAAACAGAAGCAAAUAGAGGACUUUGUUGGUUUAGGUAGAUUACACGUUUCAAACACAAGUGAUCAGAAAAAUUAAUUUUUUCACGAGUGACAUUAAAUAUUUGUUCCUACCAGUAGUCUAUUAAAUGUUUUUUCACCAUAAAUUCACUAUUUUAAAAGAGUUGAAUUGAACAAUUUGGAUGGAAUAAUUACAUACUAUAUAAGGUCAAAAAACUGAAAAUUAUUGAUAACUUUCACUGUUAUUUAUCACCGUUCAAAACAGUAAAUUAUUGUUUUUAUAUCACUGAUAUUUCUCUUUUAACCACAGAAAAGUAUAAUGUACAAUAUUUGCAACAUAUAGAAGACAAAUAUAUUUAAAAAAUAAAGACAUUUUAUUGAUUAUGAGAAUUAAGACUUUAUUUUAUGCACUGUAAUUGAGUUACUUUCGUUAUUUUUAGUGUGAGAAUUUGUCACAAAGACUUAACUCUUUCCAACUCAGAGGCAAAGUGAAAAUGUGCAAACAGAAUAAAACAAGAACAGCCUGCGAGUAACUCGCAGUCUGUUCAGGUUUUAUGCUGUAUGCUGCUCAUCAGUAUCUAAGAGUUGGAAAUGAAGCCUUUAAAAUAUGAAUCUAUUAAGAAUGGUCCUUAAUUAAAUUCAACUUUCUGCGGGACUUCAAAUGCAUGAAAAUAUGUAUCUAAGUGGUAAAGCGUUAAUAAAAUUUCACUACAUCACAAUGGACAUAAUUAUUAUGUUAAUUUCUUUCAAUUUUAUGCUGUUCCUGCUACAUUCAGAAUAGAAUAUUGGGUUCUGUACUGCAUCUAAUUAAGUGAGGUGUAUUUAUACUGGUACCUUUAUUGUCCCCUACCAGUGAAACCGGAGGGGACUUAUGGUUUGCGCUCAGUGUGUCAGUCAGUCUGUCUGUCUGUCACAUUUUUCUGGAUCCUGUGAUAACUUAAAAAGUUCUUCAUAUUUUUUCAUGAAACUUGCAACAUGGAUGGAUGGCAAUAUGGGCAUUAUGCACAUCAUUUCAUUUUGUUCCUACGUCAAAAAUUGUGGUUGCUAAGGCAACAAAAAAUAAUAAUAUUCUGAAAAUGUUGGAAUUUCUGACAAUCAGGUGGAGCCGGUAAGGGACCAUAUUGCUUAACAAUAGCCUUGUUAUAUCUGCAAAUGUAGUUAAACAGCAGAAGAUAAUAUUGUAGUUAUAAAUAUGGCUGUUACUUGAAUGAUUACAAUGCAGAACAAUAGGUAAGAUUGGUUGAGGUCAAAUGAUAUGGUUAUGUUUUUGUGGACAAAGUUGCAAAUCUGCUUCUCUUAUGCAGAUUGCUAUGUGUGGAACUAAACUCUUAUUUUCAUAUUGACAUUUGAAGCAUAACUGUAAAUUGUCCCAAACAAUACAGAACUACUACUCAUUCAAUUUGUGUUUAUAUUUUAAGCUCACCUGAUUGCUCAGGUGAGCUUUUGUGACCGGUCUUUGUCCGUCACCUGUUCGUCCGUCCGUCCGUCCACAUUUGUUCGUAAACACUCUAGAAGCCACAAUUAUUGUCGGAUCUUCAUGAAACUUGGUCAGAAGCUUUGUCCCAAUGAAAUCUCGGUGAAGUUCGAAACUGGGUUGUGCCGGGUCAAAAACUAGGUCACCAGGUCAAAAAAAGGAAAAAUCUUGUAAACACUGUAGAAGUCACAUUUCAUGCCCAAUCUUCAUGUAACUGUGUCAAAAUGUUUGUCUUAAUGAUAUGUUGGUUGAGUUCAAGAGUGGUUCCGGUCCGUUGAGAAACAUGGCCGCCAGUCGGCUGGGCAGUUUUCCUUAUUUGGCUAUAGAGAUACCUUGUAAACACUCUAGAGGCCACAUUUUUGGUCUGAUCUUCAUGAAACUUGGUAAGAAGAUUUGUCCCAAUGAUAUCUUGAUGGAGUUGGAAACUGGGUCAAAAACUAGGUCACUAGGUAAAAAAAAAGAAACCUUUUUCACUAUAUGUAUAUAGUGAACACAUGUGAACACUCUAGAAGUCACAUUUUUGGCCCAAUUUUCAUGAAAUUUGGUCAGAACAUUUGUUUCCUUGAUACAAGAGUUGAGUUAAAAAAUCGUUCCGGUCAGUUGAAUAACAUGGCUGCCGGGGGGGGUGGGGGAGUUUUCUUAUAUUUAUAUAGUAAAAAAAGCUUGUGAACACUCCACUCUAGAAGGCACAUUUUUUGCCCAAUCAUCAUGAAACUUGGUAAAAUGAUUGGUUUUAUAUAUAUCUCAGAUGAGUUCGCAAAUGGUACCGAUCUGUAAAAAAACAUGGCCGCCAGGGGGGGGGGGCAAUUUUCCUUAUGUGACUAGAGAGAAACCUUGUGAUCAAAAACUAUAGAAGUAAUAUUUUUUGCCUAAUCAUUGUGAAACUUAGUCAAUACAUUGGUUUUAUUGAUUUCUCGGACAAGUUGGAAAAUGGCUCAGAUUGGUGUUUCAGAUUUAGCUCACCUGAUUGCUCAGGUGAGGUUUUAGAAUUGGUCUUUGUCCGCUGUCCGUUCGUUCACAUUUGGUUUGUAAACACUCUAGCAUUCACACUUCUCAAGCAUUCUUUAUGAAAUUUGCUGAAAGAUCUCAGUCAAGUUUGAUAAUGAGCAAAAUCACAUAAUUAAUGCCAUAAUUAUUGCCCUUAGAUUGUCCAAAUUUUCACUAUAUUAUACGAAAUCCUUGUAAACACUCUAGAGGUCACAAUUUUGUUUCAGAUUUUAUGAAUCUUGGUCAAAAUAUUUUUGUAAGCAAAGUUUGAUGUUGGUAAGGGGGGUCAACUCAAAAUAUAGGUCACCAGGUAAAAUCUUACAAAAACAAAAACACUCCAUACGCCAGAGUUUUGGUUCAAUAAUGAUGAAACUUGACCAGGAUGUUUGUCUGGACAAUAUCUAGGUCAAGUUUGAUGUUUGGUAAAGAUUAAAUGAACCGACUCCUCUCAGGUGAGCGAACUAGGGCCAUCUUGGCCCUCUUGUUACUAAAGUCAUGACAAAGCAGUUGCUUUUUGAUAGCAUAAGUAUGCAAUAUAUCAAUGUAUAAAUAUAUGUACAUUUCCUGUAAAUAUAUCAAGUGUUGUUUUUGUAUUGACUUAGUUAUAAAACUACAAGAAUGUGAUAUUGGAUUCCUUAUUGUGAUAUUUGGUUACUCUGUUGUUGUUGUUGUUUUAUAUACAUGUAUGCAACAUUUUUCUUCUGUUUAUGUAUUGAAGUGCUUCUGAUACUAUUUCUUGUAUAAAAUCCUUUAUUAUCGUAAUUGCGAUACGUUUUCGGAUACUUAAAAAUAAUUUAAAAAAUUCUGUGUCUAAAAAUUUAGAUACAAUUUUUUUUAAUACAGGUGUCUGAAAAUUUAGAGACAAAAAAGACAUGUAUUCGAAAAUGAGUAGACACUUUUAAUAUGGCAUUGACGAUUAUAUACGUUUAUGAAAUGUUUAUAGCAUCAAUAGUUUUGCCAAAUGAUGGUACGUGCUUGUAAAAUACCCCGCUGCCCGCUGUUAAGUAUAAAUUACUGUUUCACCUUUUUGGUUAAACCCUUGUCUAUUAGUUACCGGUAUGUCCAAAAUUAAAGAGUCACAAACAAUAAUUAUUUUGGCUACAAACAGGGGUGUCUGAAAAUUUUCUGUCUUAAAACUUAGAGUAAUUAUGGUUAAUUGGAGGUUAUGCACAGGACUGGAAGUAAUUAUGGUUAAUUGGAGGUUAUGAACAGGACUGGACACUUUUAAAUGACCUUGCUCACAACAACUGGACUUAAUGUAUUUUGGAAAAGUGUUGUUCCAGAUUAGCCUGUGCAGUCUGCUUAGGUAGCCUGUGCAGUCUGCUUACAGGCUAAUCAGGGAUGGCACUUUCAACCUAGAGCGUCUGCACAGGGACAUCUCAUCACACAAAUAGCUCUCUACCAUGUUCUUAAUGUUUAACUUACUUUAACUGUAUAGUCUGUAAUGUUUAAGUACUUUUUUUACGGCUAUCCAUGAUCUUCAAACAUUUUCAGAAACAUUUAUUGAAGGUUGAUUGUUAAAAGCAAAGUGAGGUAAUGAAUUCAACAAGAAGUGUUUGAUUUCUGUACAAUGUUUGGAAUAGGAUCGAAGUUGGGCAAUAUAUAAUAGAAUGUGUGGUAUAUCUUACAUAAUAUAUAUGAUUCAUUUCAAUAUUUAUUUUUCUUUAUUCAUCUGGCUUAUACUACAUAACAUCGUUUAUAUCAUGUUAUAAGGUUAUUGAUGAACAUGUUACUUAAAAAAGGCCUUAUGUGAUGCUAUGCCAUUGUUAAGCUUGUAAUAUGUGAUAUACCUGAGCAUAUAUACCUGAGCAUAAUUAUCAUGUAGGGGUCUUAAUUACCUCUAAGGUCACAUGUGUAUAUUGUUAGUUAUAGCCGCGGUCCAAAAAACGGGGGAUGGUCGUUAAUGCAUGUGCUUUAAGUGUCGUCCCAGAUUAGCCUGUGCAGUUUGUGCUGGCUUAUCACAGACAACACUUUCUGCUUUAAUGAUAUUUUUAAUUGAAAGAAAGUCUCUUUUUAGCAAAAAUCCAGUUUUGGUGGACUGCACAGGCUAAUCUUGGAUGACACAUUACGCACAUGCAUUAAACCCCCAUUUUGCAGAUCAAGGCUCACAUGUAUUGUCAUAUCAGUUACACACUCUGUGGCCAAAAUAUGUGCAGAACUAUUUUAUUGUGCCUUUUAUUUGAGUCCAUGCAAUUUUAAUUACACAUUCAAAAAGAAACCAUUAUUACAUAUUUAUUUGUACAUUUAUACAUACAUUUCUUGAAAAAUGUAAAACAAAUUUGUCUUACUUGUAAUAGACUCAGCAGCAUAUGCAGUUGUUCAUGCAAUCAGCUUGGUUUGGUGUAGCCCUUUGCCACUCAGAAGCAAAGUGAAAAUUGUGCACACAGCAUUAAACCUGAACAGCCUUCGAGUAACUUGCAGUCUGUUCUGGUUUUAUGCUGUUUGCUGCUCACCAGUAUCUUAGGACUGGAAAUGCAGCCUUAAAAACUUGAAUCUAGUACAAAAUGUCUUAAAUUAAAUUUACUUAUUAAGGGCCUACAAAUGCAUGUAAAUAUUUAUCUUAGUGGUAAAGGAUUCUGCAUAUGCGGCAUUUUCUGUCUAUACUGGUUUGUUGUUAUGAAGAGAACCCCAUUCCGUGAACAAUUCUGUAAAGCACAAAGUAUUGUCCUAGAUAUGCCUCUGCUCAUAUGACCCACUGAUAUGUUCAACAACACUGUCAUCUAUAUUUAACUUCUGGGUUUUGGAAGUGGCUGAGAUGAUAUUGUGAAGAAAAUUAUGAAAUGCAGGUUAUGAACAUAUAGUUAUAGUUAUGCAAGGCGACAUUUGAAAUCAUCCUUUAUCAACUUUGUUUCAUUUUUUGUUCUCAUUAAACAGUACAAAAACAAUAUAACUUCCAUUGGCAAGCCAACCAUUUGUGCAUUAAAACUAUCAGUUUGUUUCCUUAAAAAAUAUAUUGUUGAUCAGCCUUGAUUUUUAAGUGUACAUGUCUCAUUUUGAUUUUGUUAUAUUUUGUAGUAAAUAGUUAUUAUUGUUUGAUCAAGGUAAACAUGUUUUAUAAUUAACUGAGUCGUGUUCUGAGAAAACUGGGCAUAAUGCAGUUGCUUAAAGUGUGGUCCCAGAUUAGACUGUGCACAGGCUUUUCAGGGACGACACUUUCCGCUUUUAUGACAUUUUUCGUUUAAAUGAAGUCUCUUCUUAGCAAAAAUCCAAUUUAGGCGGAAAGUGUCAUCCCAGAUUAGACUGUGCGGACUGCACAGGCUAGUCUGGAACGACAAUUAACGCACAUGCAUUAUACCCAGUUUUGUCAGAAGAAGGCUCCACUCAUGAUUUGUAGCAGCUGUACAUAAACUGAACUCAUUUGCCAUCUUUGUGUUUAGUUUUGUUGAAUUUGUAAUUUGGAAUGUAUAUUAACAAAAUAAAUUGUUACUGCUAUUAAAAGAUAACUCACAA